AUGUUGCAUUAUUAUUGUAGACACAGGAACAGGGAUUUGUUAACCGCUAUGAUCUGGGGUUUAAACUACCCAACCAGGUGUCCACUUACAGGCCACAGUGUUUAAACAUAUUACAAUUCAAUAUCGCUAUUUUUCCCUUUAAAAAUUGCCAUUAUCAAUAUCUAGCUAGCUAGGCUAUUCUAGCUAGAAUGUCGGAGACCGUAAUGUUUCAGACGCAGUUGUCGUCCAUCAUGGAAGCUCUAUCCACCGCCGCCAUGGCGGAGAUAACCAAACUGGUGGACGAGUACUCCGCGUUUUUACGUGGGGAACUGUCACGUAAAAAACACGAUAACGAAAUCCUGAUGAAAAAGCUGAAAGUAGUUGAAAACCGGCACCGGAAAAGGACAUCUACGAUUGAACACGGUGGGGACGGAGUUGGCACUGUGCUGCGCGAGAGACUUUGGAACGGGGGUUCCCUACCGCACCACACGCCCCAAACCAACAGAGAACACAAGCCCGACCCAGUCUUUACGCAGCAGGGUUGCAGCAGCGAGUGGAGUAAUGGACCCGCGGCGCGGGAGGGACUAAGGACGGACGAGACCACUGUAACAGACAAGACGGCUGAACCAGUUAUCAUCAAACAAGAGAGACUGGAGGAGGACGGCCCAGGGGAAUGUGGUGCUCCAAAUGAACUGAGGAUGAAUGCUCCUGAGCGUUCCACCACUCCACUGGUCGCCCGGCAACCGCAUCCCACUGAUCAGAGCAGUUUUGAGGAGGACUGGGGGUUCCAGAGUACACCACCAGGGGGUAGAGAUGAGCUCACUGACUCUAUGGAACACAACAUAGAAGUGGAACAUAGAACUAUGGGACACCACAUAGAACAGGAACAUAGAACUAUGGGACACCACAUAGAACAGGAACAUAGAACUAUGGGACACCACAUAGAACUGGAACAUAGAACUCUGGACCAUGACCUCAGUAGCAGCUCUCACUGCCUUGACCAGGAACAGCCUGUAGUAGUUGAGAUCUGCCUCAAGAGGGAGCCAGAGAGCCCAUGUCCAGACCUCAACCCACUACCGGGAGGAGAACCAGGCCUGGAGGUCGACCAGGGGGAUCUGGGCCAAACGUACCCCGAGUAUGCAGCACUGAACCUGGGGUACGGUGGCUACACAGACACCUCUGGUCUAUUUUUCACCUACUCGUCAGAAAACCAACUACAACACACUUCCUCCUUGACAACGACCACAGACGAUUACGCAUCGUUCCCGGGGAAAAACUCUGUCACCUUCAUGCCUGGUCACCAUGGAGACCAAAGAGGAAAUGGUGGGACUGUCAGAAUUCGAGCUCCCCUCAGUAAAGAGAAGGAGGGGAGGUUCGUAUGCAAACAUUGUGGGAAGGGUUUCCCCUACAUCAGCUGCCUUAAGCGGCACGCCCUCAACCACACGAGAGAGAGGACGCAUCACUGCUCCAUGUGUGGGCGGAGCUUCAUCAGACCCAGUCACCUGAGGAGGCAUGAACUGCUGCACACGGGGGUCCGACCCUUCGCCUGCGCACUAUGUGGACGCCACUUCUCGCAUGGCGCACACCUCCGAGCUCACAUGAAGACACACACGUGAUGGAAGUGCCCUGUGUGUAUGUGUGUGAGUGUGUGUGUGACGUAAUUGACUUCUUGUUUUACAUAUGAUGUAAAGUUUUAUGUGGAAAGACUUGAACCAGUUUUAAAAGGGGCGAUUCCACGUCAAUUCAAUAGUUCAAUACAUACAGUAGACAUCUGUUCUGUGGAUGGGCCUUUAUUGUAGCCUGCUGUGUUGCUAGGCAGUUUCUGAGUAAAAUGCUGAUGGUUGAGAUA